AAUGUAGCAGCAGCUCCCGUUGGCUGAUGGGCGGAUACGUCAGCACCUCACUCCGCUUAUGCCUGCUCCCGUGGAUAGUGGCGGUCAGAAGAAAUAAGUGAUGUAUCACAGGUUAAGCACGAGACCGACAGAACUUCUGAAACACUGUAACACUGCGUUAAAAGGCGGGAAUCACCGCAUCACUGGAAAACGUCACUCCAAAGUUGUCAUACUGGAAACCUUGUUUUAGUCGCGUUUUUUUUUUUUUUUUCAGCUACACGGCAUUCAAUCGUUUGGAAGCUUUUUUCUGUGCAACAUGACGGUUAAGUAUGUGUUUUUAACACACCUGUUACUGCUUUGGGUCGGUUCCGAUGCUGACGCGUCUGAAGCUGUUUGGAGAAGUGCGCGCGACAGCACGACAGACGCGCUCGUGGACACAGAUGCGCUCUCACAACAUAUGUUUAAACUGUAUGAGAAGUACAACAUUGAACCUAACCGACUCAAAGAGGGAAAUACCGUAAGAAGUUUUAAAGCAAAACCUGAGAAUGUGGAGGAGAGGGUCUCGUACUGGUUGAAUCUUACUUCUCUUCAGGGGUCUGAGGCGAUUCUCACAUCUACGUUUCACUUCUUUUUUGACAAACGGCCACGCCAGAGGUCCUGGUUCUGCAAGCGCUUCAAGAAUCCGUCUUGUCACAUCCCAAACCUACAUCUGCUACCCUCUGUCCGUCUUCUUUUCCGGUCUCCCUCCUUCAGCUCAGCUCCAGGAUCUCUACUCGGAAACAUCACCGUAGUUCCUCACAGACGUGGGACCUGGCAGAGCAAGGAUGUGUCUGUCAUUAUAAAGGAGGCCCGAGAUAAGAAUCACCUUUUGAUCACCGUGGAGUUUGACUAUGGAGAGCAGCAUCAAAGGUAUCAGGACCAGCUCCCGUCCUCCAGCCUUCCAUACUUGCUGGUGUACGCUAAUGACCUGGCAAUUUCAGAGCCCAACAGCGUGGCUGCGAGCCUACAGAGAUAUGACCCUUUCAUUGCAGACCAGCAGCCAACUCAGUCUCCAGACUCCUCACCUGACAUACGUGUGAAGCGGGAACUGGACUUGGACUUCUCUGAUCCCAUUGAGAACAACGAGCUCCCGGAGGUGGAGUACAACAGCUUCAAACAGCACGAUAUGUGGGAAAGUGCUUACUUUGCGCUCAAGCCAAAGUCCUUUAAAAAAGAACGUCGGAGGAAAGGCCAGGAGCAUGCUGAUGGAUUCGGCAAGUCUCAGGUUCUCCGGUUUGAUGAGAAAACCAUGAAGAAGGCUCGGAGGAGACAGUGGAAAGAACCUCGCAGCUGUUCCAGGAGGUACCUGAAGGUGGACUUUGCAGAUAUCGGAUGGAACGAAUGGAUCUUGUCUCCCAAGUCUUUCGAUGCCUUCUACUGUGCAGGAACGUGUGAAUUCCCCAUUCCAAAGGUGGUCCGCCCCUCCAACCAUGCAACCAUUCAGAGCAUAGUCAAGGCCGUUGGGAUAAUUCCAGGUAUCCCAGAGCCCUGCUGUGUCCCAGAGAAGAUGAAACCUCUCAGUGUACUAUUUCUGGAUGAGAGCAAAAACAUUGUGUUGAAGAUCUACCCCAACAUGUCUGUGGAGACGUGCGCUUGCAGAUAGACUCGCUGGUCACAGGAAAGAAAGACAAAUGGGCAUUGUUGUGGUUUUGACACCCAAAUUUACCUAGAAGAGGCAUAUUGUCUUUAGUUUGCACUUGUUAGAAAGUGCACACAUUUUUAAGGACUGCAUUUCAUUUUUUAUAAAUGCUUACAAGUGAUAUUUUAAUUUCCUGUGUUUAUCCACAAAGGAAAAAAUUUUCAUUGUAUUAGUUGAGUAACAUAAGCACUUACUCUUAAAAAACGUUCCUUAUGAAUUGUCGGCUUUGCUUUCAUCUCUGUGACUCAUGUUUGUAGAUUACUGGAUGUACAAUGAGGUUUUAUAGCAUAUUGAAUAUAACCAACCUUUUUUUGGCAGAACUGCUGAAUUACAUUGGAAAGUGAAUUAGAAUAAAGCAUUAUUUUAUUAUUCAGAUGAAUGUUGUAGUUACAGGUUAAGAUAAUGUCUUGGUGUUCAUUAGAAAUCUAAGUGUAACUUGAUAUUUGGGUCAUUUAAAAGUAUAAAUGAUGAAGUACAUGUGAAAAGUGUGAACCCUUUAAUCUACAUCAAACUAUUAGUGUGACUGCAAAGCAGUCUUGUUGUAACUAAUCUGAACUUAGUUUUGAAACAGAACUUAAAAGAUCCCAAAAGAUGGAGUGUUGCUAAUGGCUAGUGCUAGUUCUUUUCUCCUGUGCAUUUGUUUUAUUUUAAGAGAUGUUACACAAGGUUAAUAUUUUGUAUUCAGAUGCAUUUGAUGAUCUCAAUUUGGUGCCAUAAGCAAGGAGUAUUUGGGCCAAAUGUGUCAGUGUGUAUAAACAGUUGUUCAUUUGGAAUCAGUAUAUUAUAUUUUAGAGAAUGUAUUUUUGUAAAUGUGUGUUUUAAAUUAUGAAAACUAGCCUUAUAAUAAGUAGAAUAAAAUAAAUGUUAAACCACCA